AUGAUUAUAGCUCGUUUACCUUAUUUAACACAUUUAAAUAGAGUUUUAAUAAAUCGAGAUGAAAGACGUGGAGCUGAAAUUGAUUAUUUACAACGUUAUGCUCAAGAUUAUUUUGAUCAUAAAUUAGAUUUUAUUCAUCAACAUA